CUGGACCUGUGAAGGUAAUGGUAUGCCUUUUUCUUGUGACUUUUGCCUUCUCCCUUCUUACAGUCCUUGCUUGUUUGUUUUUUGAUUUUAAACUCCUUGUUAGUCAAUCCCAGUUCUGUUCCUCAAGGUCUAAAUGUCAGUUCACAUAGUGAAAACUGGGCUGUAUGGGUGUCACAUCCUGUCAGUGAAAUGUGAAGGGGAAGGAAAGAGUGAUCAGAUGCACCUUUUUCUAUGAGCGUUCCCAUUCUUUCCACGAGGCUUACCGUGUAACCUUAAAAAACAUAGUGCAACUCUAACCUACAGCAGAAUAGCUCAAAAUGGCAGGAUUUUUUUUUCCCCCAUGAUUAUUGUCUUAUAUUUGAGAGCUGAAAUCUUCCUAGGUAUCCCUGCCACUGUUCAACAGUGUGUUUUACUUAGGAUUUUCUCCCUUCUUAAAGAAAGUCUGCACCUAUUGUGACUCGUAAAUGAGGUUCUGCUCUUGGGCACGCAGCAACAUGUGCCUGUUGAUAACAGAGAUGAUGUGGUCAUGCUUUCUAGUGAAUGCUUAUAGUCACAAAUUUGCAGGGUCCCUACCAAGGCACUGAAUCCAGCAGCUGGAUCCUGUUCCAUUGGAGAGGGUUUAUUCUCUGGCUUACAUGGACACAGGCUCCAUUUUUGUGGAUAUCCUGUGGAGUCAAGAAUUCUACUGUUCAGAUGAUUUCUUCCUUUUUUCUACCCAUCCACACACACAUUCUGACCCUUUUCCACCACCUUGCCCCCCUACUUCCAGUGAUUGAAAACAUUAAAUUGCCUUAGUUGUGUUUUGUCUAGCGACUUAGCUCCUUAGGGUCUUGGGGCUGACACUGUAGCAAGUGGUGAGUAUACAGAGUGCACAGGAGUCUGAAACAAGUGACCUUUAAGGAUGCAAAGCAAGACGCAAAUUUGAAUAAAAUAAUAAAGCUUUAUCUUUGCCAGCUUCCAGUUAGAAAUUUGGGAUUAAACUUCCCCAGAGAGCUUCUUUUUGCAGGUUGCAUCACAUCUUGAAAAUUGUGAAGGCUUACCAUUCUGGAUCAGCUUCUGAUCUAAUUGGCUGUUUAAUUUUAUUCUUCCUGCUAGGGAAAGAUUUUCUAGUCCCAUGCUUUAUGGAUUUCCCCACCCAUCUAAUUGCUAUGUUUGCAAAGGCUGGUAGCAACACUUUGCUUUAAUCCAAGUGGGGCAAUUUUCUGGCAACUGUUUCCUGCAGUAGGAAGGGAGGAACUGGUCAUGUAGGACAUCUGAUGCUUUUUCUAACUGACAGCACUUGAAAAAGGCUUCUUAAGCUGAAGUAUGGUAUUGAGAUAAAAAUGGAAGGAUAGGCACCGGUGUGGAUCAGUUGGUAGGUUUUAAACUCUCUGUGGAUGGGCCUCCCAGUGUGAGCAACAAGAACCCUGCUUCUUAAGGCACCUUAAAUAUAUUUGUACAGACAGCAUUGUCUAAUAUGGCAUCCUAUAACAGGACCUGACCUCUGACAUCUUUUCAGGAUUUUUAGCUUUUUCCUCCACCAGCCAAGCUAAGAUCUUUAUGUGUGGUAGGUCUUCAAGGUUUAACUUUCUGGGUGUGGUGGGGAGGUGUGGCAGAUUUUGUCAAUAUGUACAAACGGGCAAACAGGAGUGCUGCGCCUGCCCUGCUUCUCCGUGAGAAUUUAGUUCUUAGUGAGAAUGAACGCAUUCUUUCAGUGUUCAUCAUUUACAGUAGAUGCAGGGGGCUAGCUUUGUCUUUUGUCCUUUUGGAGUAUCUGGCACGCUGCUGUGCUGCCCUUGUUUCUUUUUGGGACGAAAACCUUGGGGUUAGUGGGAAUCUCUGCUUUCUCUUGAUCCUGAGUUUCUUUCCUCUAUCGUGUGUGUCAGGCAGAGGUGUCUGGUGCAGCCCAGCAAGUCACCUGGAGAUGACAAAGUGAAAGAUUUCCCUCUCCCCAUGCUUUGUGUUUUGACUGUGUGACUCUAUGGCAUCCAGCAGGGCCCUUCCCCUCUCUGGUAAGUGUGCCAAGACUUGCGGAACUCAACUGCUCUUUUCCCUGCUGCCUUUAUAAUUACAAAAUCUUCUCAGCAGUUUUUCAGCUUCCCAGCUUUCAGGAAAUCUUUUACCAAGCACUUAGCUUUGCUUUGAUUUCCCCUCUCAGGAGAAACUGAGAACUUCCUCCCCACACCAAGAUAUUUUGUGUUUUUGGUGUAUGCCCUGUUACAUCAUAUACACAAAAUCUGUCCCAGACAGUAUUCUGAUGUUCUCCCUCCCUUUAGCUGAGAUCUGUUCUCACACUGCAAAGAACUAGGAACACUGUGGGGACUGAGACAAAGUUUUCAAAGCCUAGAAACUGCAAAAGCCUAUUUUGAGCCAUAACAGAUGCUACUGGACAUAUGGAACAGCUGAGGGGACUUACACUAGGACUAAAAAUGUUCUACAGAUCUUUAUGUCUCUGACUCAGUGGGUGGGUUUCCUAUGGAACUGGAAACAGGGAAGGGGAGAAGUGAAGGUGAAUGCGAAUCACUAAUGUUCAUAACUCGUCUCUGGAAAAUUUGCUGUUGUGAAAGGGGAAUAGCUUAUCUUGGGUAAGAUAGCAUUCUUAGUGGAUGAGAAGUAGCCUAAAAAUCAACCCUUAUAUUAGAAGAAGGUCAUGUUGACCUGUGGCUAACUUCAGGCUUGAGCUUUUCCAGCUCUGUGUAAAUCUGAGAAUUUGAGGUCAACAUGUAAACUUUUUAUUGGCAUAUUUUACUAUCUGUAAUGCUUUUACAAACAGUAAAAGCAGUUUGGGACUUGUGAGCAAACAGUCUGGUCAGUGGAUAACCCUGUGCCUCUUUCAGAGCACAGCUCAGCUUCGAGAGUUUGAGUAUUCCCAACCCUGCAGGGAUAGGACCGUGGUGGCGAUGGCUUGGGUCUGCUCUGCACCUGGCACCAUAGCAGUGUGUGCAUUAUGUGGAGCAGUAGUAAUGGAGAGAGAGAGGAAGCACUGCAGCUGCUUGAAGGAGCAAAGUACACAGUUAUACCAUCUUUGUCAAGAGAAUUCUGGGUAAUUUGGGGGAAGGGUGACGCUACGCUCGUGUUCUGUGAUGAUAAAAGGGAGUGAUUAUUAAGCAAAAGAAAAGAGAGAAUGAAGAAAAGACAAAAAAUCACUUCAUGCAGAUCCAAGAUACCGUUCCCAGAAGAAUCCCUACAUAUGUUAGCAAGAAGACAACUGUCUGCACAUUUUGCAGCAAGAACAGCGUGGCAACUGAUGCAGCACUGUGCUGUGAGCCUGCGGUAAUGUAUCUCCUGAAGGGAAAGCUGUGGAGUGCAGUGCUGAUGGGCUUAAUCUGCUGGCUGCCAGAGAUCAGAGAUCUUCCUUCUGACUCCAGGGAAGCUUUCCUGCAAGACCCACGACUCAAAGCAAGCAAAUGACUAGCUGUAGGGUCACGGUUGAGUAUUACAGCAUCCCCUUUUGCAGGGACAGCUGGCUGGAAAAACUACAGUUCCCAGCACCCUUUUGUACAUGUCCCUGCAAACUACAGUUCCCAGAACCUUUUCAUGAGCCAGGGAGGGUGUACAUGGAAGUAAAUGCCGAGGAAUUUUGCAUAGCACCCCAUACUUUCAGAGAGCUGGCCAGCCCUCGGUUAGUGAAAACUUAAACAGAGGAAAAGCCAGGGAGCAUUGAGGCUGUGGUUUUGCUCACCCCUCAUUACUGCAGCGCAGAGCAUCCUUCUCGCCCUGGGCAGACGCAGGGAGGAUUCUUGCCCCUAAGGGAAACACGGCUUCUGCGGAAGGAGAGCAGACAAACUACAGAUCCCAGAAUUCCCUGGCAGGCAGCACCUGCGGCAGUCCCUGCAUGCCAGGGGGGAUGAGGAUGUGGAUGGAGGGCGGGGAAGAGAUGAUGGGUGCUGCGGGGCUGCACUGCGGCUGGGACCCUCCCCCGAUUGGUGCCCAGGCCAAGUGGGUGAGGCUCAAUGUGGGGGGCACCAUCUUCCUUACCACCAGGCAGACCCUGUGUCGGGAGCAGAAAUCUUUCCUGUGUCGCUUGUGCCAGGGCGAGGAGCUGCAGUCGGACCGGGAUGAGACCGGUGCAUACCUAAUAGACCGGGACCCUACUUACUUUGGACCCAUCCUGAAUUUCCUCCGUCAUGGGAAGCUGGUCCUGGAUAAAGAUAUGGCUGAAGAGGGAGUCCUGGAGGAAGCAGAGUUCUAUAACAUCGGCCCUUUAAUCCGGAUAAUUAAGGAUCGACUGGAGGAGAAGGACUACACAGUGACUCAGGUGCCUCCUAAGCAUGUCUACCGUGUGCUACAGUGCCAGGAAGAGGAGCUCACUCAAAUGGUUUCCACAAUGUCGGAUGGAUGGUGCUUUGAGCAGCUUGUGAACAUUGGCUCCUGCUACAACUAUGGGAAUGAGGAUCAGACAGAGUUCCUGUGUGUGGUCUCCAAGGAGCUGUACAGCUCUCCCAAUGGUCUGAGCUCUGAAUCCAGCCACAAAGUCAAGGGAAGGACAAGAACAUAUGGCGUUGCAUGACAUCCUGUAGACACCUAGAUUCAAGAAGAGGCACUAGCAACUGAUGGAAGCUGUUGGGCAGUGGGAUCACAACACUUGUAAGGAUAGCCCUUAUAUGAUGCUCCAGAACAAGACAAGUCUCUUUGUCCCCUGACCCAGAGCUGUCUUGGCUGUGGGGAAAGGCCCCUUUCUAUUUUAGCGUCAUGACCACUGCUUCAUGCCCUUGUGCGUCAGCCAGAACUGCCAUGGCUCAUCUUGCAAGUGUCUCCACUCUUUCUUCCCUUUGUCCUGCAUGCUGGCCCGCAGAGCACAAAGGAGGACGCGGAGGAGGAAGAACAGGAGAUGGAGGAGGAGGCAGAAACAGAAGAGAAAGGUGCAGCAAAUCCUUGAGGAAAAAAAUAGACUAAACCCCAAGCAUAGACCCAUCCACCUUUCUGGUGAGAACUCACAACUAGCAGCAGGGAAGAACUAGGGCAGGUGUGGGGUGGAGGGGAAUUUUCCCAGGGAGCAGGAGUCUCUCUGGAGAUAAAGCUCAUAGGGAGGAGUCAUUACCUUGGCUGCUGCUUUGUGUUUUUAACUGUUUGAUUUAUUUAUAUUUUUGUUUGCAGACUGUCCAUGUACUGGACACUCCUUCCUGCUCCCCUCCGUCUCCAUCUCCGCACUGUAACCUUCCUUGGACACCCUAUCCCAUUCCCCAGGCUCCAGCAUCCUCCCCUCUGCUCUCUUUGCCCCUCACGGCCUCCUUCCAGCAGACUAUGUUCCUGUCUCCCCUCCCAAACCCAAGAUUCUGUGUUCUCCCUGCUCAGGGCCCCAUCUCUCUUUGCUCCUCACUUUUCCUACUCUGCAGGUAUGUUACCUAUCUGCACACUCAGAUCCUGCCAGUUUGAGCUCUGCAUGAGUGACUCACAUCCUUCCUUCUUGUGGAUAAAGUCCUGGUUUGUAGAGCCUGGGGAGGGGGAAAGCAGGGGGAGGCUGAGUCAUUCCUAAGGUGGUUUUUCUGAUUCUCAUCAUAUAUGUGCCUUCACUUGCCAAGCAGAUCUUACAGCUCUGGACUGGAGGCUCUGGCAGCAGCAGGGAAAGCACAACUGGGAGUAAGGAGGAAGGCUGGAGAAGAAUGCAAAGCAGGCUGGGGUGGCACAGGGGAAUGCCUGCCGUGUGGCUGCCUCCCAUGCAUGCCAGAUAAUUUCUCCUGAUUGCCAUCCAUUCCUGCAGCUCCUUUGCCACUCCCUGCUCAUGCUUCCCUGGACUUUCCCCCUGCCACCUCUGCCACAGUGACAGUGCAGUGGCAGAGGGUGGUGAAGGUGCAGUGGAAGCUGUGGGUCCCUGCUCCAGAUGUUUCUGCAGCUGUGCUUGAAAGGAGACUCUGCUCUGCCUCCUACUGAGGCAGGCUGCCCAUCUGCAGCUGAACAAAGAAAGCUUUCAUAGGAGGACCCCUCUCUCUAGCUGGAAAACAGAUUUCUUGUUGAACUGGUGGUGCUCAGUGCCACUUUCUGUCCUAAUGGGGGUACUUGUUAGCUGGAUGGCAUUUCUCACUUCCUCUGUUUAAGAGCCUCCUUGUUCAUGGCUGUGGGACCUGAGUGUUAUUCUCUUAAAAGGCAGUGUGUGUAAAUCAUAGACUUCUCCCUCUUUUUUCUCUUUUCCCCCCACCCUCAAUCCUCUUCCUUUCCUUCUUCAUUUCCUUUUCCCUUUUCCUUUUCCCGUUUUCCCUUUUCCCUUUUCCUUUCCUUUUUCUUUAUAUCUUGUUUCCUCUGUCAUGUGCUCUUUCCCUUUUCCUGUAUCUUGCCCUCCCCUACAGGUUCAGUUGAUUUUUUAAUAAUUUUUUGAUUUGUUUUUUUUCUCUCUCUCUCCUUCUCUAGCUGUUACAAGCCAGAGGCCUGAGGAUGUGAUCCUGACACUACGCUCUAGCCUUUUUAUUUCUGCUUGAUAUCCUUAUUUUUGUAAGGUAGCAUAUGGCAGCCCCUUUGUGCCACAGUGACACCCACAGCCCCCUUCACUCUCCACACUCAGCUAUUGACUUUUACAAAGCCAUCUCUGCCCGGAGGAGGACAGAUGCAGGGGCUGGAGCCCCCUCCUUUGCCUAGCAAAAUGGCUUUCUUUUAUGUCACAGUGGCCCCUGCUGGGGACAUCGGUGAUCAACCACUGCAGAACUUUGCUCCCUUCCCGAGCACCGGUGCCCAGAUGUGGUGGCACCUGCAGUAGGACCACUCCUUGCCCGUUCAGAGUUGCAGGCAACUGGUCUGGGCUUUUGCCCAGAGGGCAAAUGCAGAGCCGCUGCUUUUUUUUUUCUGGGCCACCUGCGCUGCUGGUGGAGUGUCCUUGUCCUGGGUGUCACCUUGAUGGUGUCUCUCUCCCUGUCCACUAAACCUCUCCUCACUGGAAGGGUGAGAGGAGGCAGGUGUGUGCUGCCUGGGUACCUGUCGGGGAUGCGCUGGUACUUGACAGAAGGUCUGGUAGGACAAGAGCAUCCCUGCCUCAGGGAGCCAGGAGUUCACUUCACUGCUGAGUCUGAAGAUGCCAGGUUGUAGCUCCUAAAUAAAUCUCACACUUUCUUCCUC